AUGUAUGGUGUAGCAGCUUCAACACUUAGUUGCUUCAAUCAUAAUAAUGCAAACUUUGAAUUGCAUGAGCAUGCUCGCCAUACGGCGGAUUUUCACCCCAGCAUUUGGAAGGACUAUUUUCUUGAAUAUGCUUCAGAACCAAUGCAGGAGCUUGAUCAUAUUGGAGCACAAAUUGAAACUCUAAAGCAAGAAGUGACCAAAAUGCUUACAGCAACAGAUGAGAAACCCUUGGCAAAACUUAAUCUAAUUGACUCAAUAUGUCGUUUGGGAUUGCACUAUCAUUUUGAAUGCGAAGUUGAUGAAGUGUUACAACAAAUUCACAAGGAUUAUACCACAAAUGGGGAAAUAAAUCAUGACGACAACCUUGCUUCCCUUGCUUUACUUUUUAGAUUAUUAAGGCAACAAGGAUUUUACGUUUCCCCUAAUGUGUUCAAAAGGUUUAAGGAUGUGCAUGGAAAUUUCAAUGAAAAACUUGCCACAGAUGUUGAGGGACUCUUAAGUUUAUACGAAGCUUCACAUCUUAGGAUUCAUGGAGAAAACAUAUUAGAUGAAGCUCUUGUAUUCACUUCGAUUCACCUUAAAUCCAUUACAACCCAAUUGAGCACUUCUCUUUCAGCAAAAGUCAAUCGUGGCUUAAGUCAACCUCUCCACCAUGGCUUGCCUAGGUUUGAGGCACGAAAAUAUAUUUCAAUUUAUGAACAAGAUCCUACCCAUGAUAAAAUUAUACUCUCUCUAGCAAAAUUGGAUUUCAAUUUCCUACAAAACUUGUACCAAAUGGAAGCCGGAAAUAUUUGCAAGUGGUGGAAGGAGUUGGAUGUACCUAGGAAACUACCAUUUGUGCGAGAUAGGAUUGUGGAAUGCUACUAUUGGAGUUUGGGUGUUUACUUUGAGCCCCAAUUUUGUCGAGCAAGAAAAAUAAUGACAAAAACACUCGGCAUGUUAUCAAUCAUUGAUGAUACAUAUGAUGCAUAUGGAACAAUUGAUGAACUAGAACUUUUCACUCAGGCAAUUGAGAGGUGGGAUAUUAGUUGCUUGGAUGAUCUUCCAGAAUACAUGAGAUUAUCAUAUAGUUCUCUCUUGAAAUUUUAUGAAGAAAUGGCAGAAGAAAUGGAGAAUGAAAGGCGAGUAUAUUGCACUGACUAUUACCAAAAACAAUUUAAAAAAGUAGUCCAAGCCUACAUGGGUGAGGCGAGAUGGUUCAACAACAAUUAUACACCCACAACAGAGGACUACAUCCAUACAUCAACCAUAUCAUGCACUUACCCAUUGCUUACAACUGCUUCUUAUAUAGGCAUGGAAGAAGGUGCCACACAAGAUAUUUUCAAAUGGGUUGCUAGUGAACCCAAAAUAGUUAAAGCUUCUUCCAUUAUUUGCAGGAUCAUGGACGACAUUGUCUCCAAUGAGUUUGAACAAGAAAGAGGACAUGUUGUCUCAGUUCUAGAAUGUUAUAUGAAAGAACAUGGUGUAUCAAGAGAAGAAUCUAUUCAAGAAUCACAAAAAAGAGUAACAGAUGCUUGGAAGGAUAUUAACGAGGAAUGUCUUAGGCCAACUCAAAUUCCAAUGCCUUUUCUGGUGCGUAUGGUCAACUUAGCAAGAUACAUGGCUGUGAUGUACAAAGAUGAAAAUAGCUAUACACAUGCAGGAGGAGUAAUGAAAGAGCACAUUGAAGCUUUGCUUGUAGACGUCGUGCCAAUAUAA